AUGGACGAUGUGGAACGCCGGGGCCUGCUCAAGCUCGACAUUCUGGUGCAGCACGCGCCAGGCAAUCCCUCCGCGCUGGUCAGCCAAUACGCCAUGGACGAUGUGGAACGCCUGGGCCUGCUCAAGUUUGACAUUCUUGGUCUGCGCAAUCUCACCACGGCCCACCUCGCCCGCCUGCUCGCCCAGCGCACGUACGGCGUGACCCUCCCUGUGAUUGAGAAGCUUCCUGUGGAGAACCGCGCAACGUUUGAGCUGCUAUCAGGGGGCGACGUGGACGGGGUGUUUCAGCUGGAGGCGUCUCCUGGGAUGAAGAAGGUGGUGCGGGCGCUCAAGCCGUCAUGCCUCGCGGACAUCUUUGCCAUCGUCGCACUCUAUCGGCCUGGACCUUUGGAUGCGGGCCUAGUUGAUCGAUACAUCAACAGGAAGCACGGGCGGGAACCCGUCUCCUUCCAAACUCCCAAGCUCGAGCCCAUCCUGAAGGAAACGUACGGAGUGCUGCUGUACCAGGAGCAGAUCAUGCGCAUGGCACGGGACCUGGCGGGGUACUCCCUGGGGCAGGCGGACAUGCUGAGGCGGGCCAUGGGGAAGAAGAAGCAGGAGGAGAUGGUGGCGCACCACGAGAGAUUCGUGGAGGGGGCUGUGGAGAGAGGGGUGGAAAGGGCCGUGGCAGAGGAUUUGUUCGAACAGAUGGUGAAAUUCUCGCAGUAUUGUUUCAACAAGUCGCACAGUGCAGCCUAUGGGUACCUCACAUACGUGACAGCCUUUCUUAAAGCCAACUACCCCCUGCCCUACAUGGCCGCGCUUCUCUCUACCUCCAUGCUCGAACCCCCCACCCUCCGCCGCUACGUCAACUCCUGCCGGGCUGCCCGGAUUAACAUCCUUCCUCCGUCUGUCAACGCGUCGGCUUAUGAUUUCUCUGUGGAGCUGCUUAAAACGGGGAUGGAGGGGGAGGAGGAGCGGGCGGAGGGUUUUGGACAGGUGUCGCCGUCUGGCCCUGCCACGUCAGCUGCGGACGGCGGGAUUCAGUUUGGGCUGGCGGGCAUUCGGGACGUCAGCAGGGCGGCGGCAGAGGAGAUCAUUGGGAAGCGGGAGGCGGGCGGCAGGUUUGUCAGUAUUCAGGACCUGGUUGACCGGAUUGACUUGGGCAUGUGGAAGAGACCCACCAUACAUGCCCUUGCGCACUCAGGCGCUCUGGAUUGCUUAAUUCUGGGUGAAGGAGAGGGAGGAGGAGGGGGAGACAUGGGAGGAGAGGGAGGAGGAGGGGGAGACAGGGGAGGAGAGGGAGGAGGAGGGGGAGACAGGGGAGGAGAGGGAGGAAGGGUUGGGAGUGAGGGAGUGAUGGUGGAAGCGGGAGAGGGUGACGGGGUGAGAGGGGGAGUGGGAGAGGCGGAGGGGGUGGAAGGAGGAGAGAGAGUGGGAAACGAGGGAGGAGAGAGAGGGGGAGACGGGGGAGAGGAGGUAUAUGUGGAUAGGAAGGGGUUGGCGGAGCUGCUAGAAGGGCUGGUGAAGGGGCGAAAGGAGAGGAUUAAAGCGGAGAUCAAGGCAGUUGCCAGGCGGGAGAGGGAACUGGCGAUGCAGCAACGGCGAGAGGAGAAGCAGCGGGAGAAGGCGGCAAAGGAGUUGCAGAGGCAGCAGGAGAGGCAGGCGAGGGAGGAGAAGAAGGAGCGGGAGAGAGUGGAGAGGGAGCGGAAGAGGGAGCAGCAGAGGAUAGAGCGGGAGCAGAAAAAGAUGCUGCAGGGGAAGGGGAGAGGGAGCAAGCAGGAGGCUGCUGUGGUGUUGGCCAACACCGCCGCUGCUGACAAUUCCGUGACUCCAGCCGAUUCCGUCAUGGCAGAAGCUGCAGCUGGUGUUGAUCCCAGCAGUGCAUCCAACGGUGCAGUCAUCACCACCUCUCCACCUCCUACCACGGCCCCCUCCCUCACUUCAACUACUACCACAACCAUCCCCGCAUUCAUCACCCCCCCGCCUCCUCCAAUCCCCCAGUCCGUCACAGCAGCACUCAUCCUGCGACGGCCCCUGCAAGAAGAGGAGAUGGUGGAGAGGCUAGCACAGGAGAAAGCCCUGCUAGGCUUCUAUGUCACACAACACCCCGUGGAGGCACUCCUCCCCUCCCUCCCCGAGUGGCUCUCUCUCACCCCCCUCGCAUCCUGCGCCCACGUAGGCUUGACUAAGGCUUUGGAAGAUAGUGCUGCUGCUGCGGCGGCAGCGGCGAGAGGUGGUGGGAGGAGGAGGAGGGGCGGUGGGAGCGGGAAAGGUGGGAAGGACGGGCCGUUGGUGGCAGUGGUGGCGAUGGUAGAGGCGGUUAAUGUGCGCAUGACUAAGAAUAGCAACAAGCAGAUGGCGAAUCUGCAGUUGGAUGAUGGGACGGGGCAGUUGGAAGCUGUGGUGUUUCCGGACGUGUUUGCCAGGUACGGGUCGAGCCUGAGCAAGGGUGCGACGGUACUGGCAUGGUGUACUGUUGAUGUGGAGUUGGAUGAUUCGCCUGCUGCUGCUGGGAGCGGUGAUAGCAGCAGCAGCAGCAGCAGCAGCAAAGAAGAGGGGUCAGCAGAUGUGGCUGCCAGACAGGAAUCACUGUCAUUUUCAGCAGCAGCAGGAGCAGAGUCAGACACAGAAGGACAGGAUGACACUUCCGCCGGACACACCCUCCCCCUGGCACCCCCCGCCAUUAAUCGACUCCAGCUGGUGGUGCAAGCAGCAGUGCCCACCAGCACAGCCCAGUUUGUGCGUGUAGACCUGACUGCACAGGAAGGGAAGGAUCCCCAGCACUUGCACGCACUCAGAUCUACAAUUCAGCAGGUGAGGCGGGAUGCGGACAACAGGCAUGAAGCUCGGGUGAUGCAGCAGGACGUGCAGAGGGAUGUGGAGCCUCAGGUGCAGCACUGGGUGCGCCAACAGAGGGUGAGUGCGGCAGGGGCCGUGCCGGUGGUGGUGCGUGUGUGGCCUGACACUCAUGCCAUGCCAAGGGAGAUUGUUGCAAAGAAGGGAUCAACGCCGUAUGGGGAGUGGGCGGGUGCAGGAUGGGGGGGGUCUGGCUGGGGAGGCGAAGCUUUCUAUGUGGAGGAUGCGGAGAGGGCAGCAGAGGAGCUGGGGUAUGCAGGGUACCGGGCGCGGGUGGUGCCGAUUCUGUCGCACAAGUGCGAGGAGAAGAGGAAGGAGGAGGGCCUGUGGGGGACGAUCAUUAAACUGCGUAUUGGAAUUCUUCAAUCCGCGAAGAUGAGGAAGCGCGAUUUGGGAAUCCUCCUGAUAUCAGCGUUCGCGGUUUUCAUCUGUCUUCAGCAUGAGAGCAACUUCACGUUCAGGGAGGCGUGGUUCCACGUGCAUCGCGACGACUACAACCAGGAGCUCGAGUCGCACGUGGUGCCGCCGCCCGUGGUCUUCGAUCUCAACGGCGACGGCCGCAAGGAGGUCAUCCUCGCCACCCGCGACGCGCGCCUGCAGGUGAUCGAGCCGUUCACGCCGCCGUCAGGCGAGUCAUACCAUCCAGUGCGCGUGCUCAAGGAGGUCUCGCUGCAACCCGGCCAGGUGGAGUUGAACCCAGCGGGCCAUCAGGCGGUGGCGUUCGCAGUGGGGUACCUGGACCCGCCGUCCGUAAAGCCCCCCAAGAAGCUCGGCAGCGGCAAGGCGGUGAGCGUGCCGCGGCGCAAGGCGGUGGUGGCGGUGGUGACGGCGGGGUGGGCGGUGCUGUGUUUCGAUCACAACCUGAAGCUGCUGUGGGAGACCAGCGUGCAGCACCACUUCCCCCACGGCGCAAGGCACAAGGAGGUGGCGGUGCUUAUAGCGAAUCACACCAUGCACCGGGGGGAUCGUGGUGUGGUCAUUGUUGGCGGAUCCAUGGAGUCAGACCCGCUGCAAUUCGAGGACCCAGUGGAGGAGGAGGAAGCGGAGGAGGAGGGCGAGGAGAAGCACCGCAAGGAGGCUGGAGACAAGGAUGAGCUGGAGGACGUGUCGGAGGGGGCGGCAGGGGUGAACGAGCGCCACUUCUCCUACUAUGCCUUUGAUGGGGCCACUGGUGCCAUGCGCUGGAAGCAUGACAGCAAGGACUUCCAUCGGGACAUGUCAGCGCUGAGCCAGCAGCUGCUGCCGCAGCACAACUACAAGCUCGACGCCUCCUCCCUCUCCUCGCGCCACUUUGGCGAGAUGGAGUGUCGCGAGUUCAGAGAGUCCAUCCUGAAGCACCUGCCGCACCGAUGGGACCAUCGCCACGACACCCGUUUCGAGCUCGCCAGCAUUCACCGCCAUCGCCGCCGCAUGCACAAGCGCCUGCCGGGGAGUGGCAGGCACGGGGCGCCACACCACGCAGCACACCCCCAUGGCACGCCCCCCAGGCUAUUGGCAGGACGAGACCAUGAGCGGAACGUGUUUGCCCGUGCCGUGGGGAAGGCCGUGGAUGCUGCUGGGUCCACCAAGAAGGCCAAGCAUGCGCAGCACCAUGCACACGGCAAUGCAUCGGCGCACCACUGGUGGGCGCACAACGCGGUGAUAGCUCACCUGGAGGAGGGCAUCGAGGUCAUCCACCUCUACUCCGGUCGCACCAUCUGCAAGCUGCUGCUGCCCGACCAUGGCCUGCACGCUGAUGUCAAUGGGGACGGCGUGCUGGAUCAUGUUCAGGCGUCAGGCGCGUUGGGCGACGAGCUGUUCACGUUUGGCAGCGAGGAGGAGGCAUCAGAGGUCGUCAAGUCGUGCUGGACCAUGGCGCUAUCGGGCAUCCCCCCCACCCAGCCGCUCUUCAACGGCUCCAUCUGCCGCCCCCACGCCUCGCUCUUCAACCUCGCCUCCGAGUUCCAGGAGCAGUGGAACGAGCAUGCGACAGGGCAGCAGCGGGUGGGCGUGGUGGCCCCCAUUCUGCUGCCUCGCAGGGACCGCCAUCACCGCCACCAGCGGCGCCACGGCGACGUGAUCUACUUCAACAGCCGAGGCGAGAUCACUUCAUACGCGACUGAGCCACUGAGCAGCAAGGGCCCACACGGCCACAUGCGGUGGCAGAUCAGCACAGACGCCAAGUGGACGCCCGCCGACCCUGCAGCUGCCUUCGACUCCUCUGCUCCCCCCGCCCACGUGCCGUCCCUACGCGCCAUGGCUCUUAAAGCCGGGGGGCGGCCGGAGGUGAUUCUGGCGGUGGGGGAUAACGAGGCGGUGUUUGUGUCUCCGGGGGGGAAGAUUCUGGGGACGCUGGCGCUGCCGACGACGCCCACGGAGCCGAUUAUUGUGGCGGAUUUCAAUGGCGAUCGGUUGAAUGACCUGAUUAUCGUCACCGCCAUUGGCCCGUAUGGGUUUGUUCAGGUGCGGCAACCAGGAGCCAUGCUGCUGUCCUCGCUACUGGGCUGCCUUGUUAUAGUGAUGAGUGUCAUCUUUGUGUCGCUGCAUCUCGAUGCGCCUCGUGGCGGCAAGCCACGCGGCAGAAGCACCGACUAG